AUUAUCUCUAACCAAAAAAAAAAAAAAAAAUGUUUUCCAAAUCUUUUCUCACUGUCCUAACACUCCUUAUUUUCUGUACCUCCGUGUAUGGUCGCGUUAUUAGCGACCAGACAUCAUCGGAUCUUGUCUCCGAUGGAGUUAACGGUGGUCGUGAAAAUGGAAUUAUUUCACUUUUUGCUGAAACAGAGGAAGCAUGUGAACAGAGUUAUGGUUUUUUGCCUUGUACUAAUACUGCACUAGGAAAUAUGUUCCUUAUUAUUGUGUAUGGUUAUCUUAUGUUUUUGGCUGCAACUUAUUUGAGCUCUGGUAGUGAGUUGUUGCUUGAGAUAUUGGGACCUGGUAUUAUUGGUGGACUUUUCUUACCUAUUCUUGGUGCUCUUCCUGAUGCUAUGCUCAUUCUUGUAUCGGGGAUAUCAGGAAGUGCCGCAGCUGCUCAGAGCCAGGUCUCUGUAGGAAUAGGCUUGUUAGCUGGGUCAACAGUGAUGCUUCUUACUGCAAUAUGGGGAACCUGUUGCAUUGUUGGCAAGUGCGACAUAGAAAAUUCUGUUGCUGUGGACUCGAAAGACACUAAAGGGCUCAGCUUGACUGGUUCCGGUGUUACUACUGAUAUCUGGACAAGCUAUGCUGCAAUGAUCAUGGCCGUAUCUGUUCUUCCAUUUAUUGUUGUGCAGUUGCCACAGCUCUUCCAUUCAAAUUCAGGAAGACAUUUAGCGGUCUUGAUAGCUCUUAUCAUAUCGUUGUCGCUGCUCGUCUCUUAUUGUCUUUAUCAGGUCUUUCAGCCUUGGAUACAAACACGGCGACUUGUUUAUGUAAAACAUAAGCAUGUCAUAUCAGGAAUUUUAAAACAUUUAAAAAAGCACGCAUUGGGGAGGCUUUUCACAGAUCAUGGAACACCAAAUAUAGAAGUUAUAGAAAAGCUGUUCAAUGCAAUUGAUGAAAAUGGCGAUGGACAUCUUUCCCAUUCUGAAUUAAGAGCUCUGGUCGUAGGACUCCGUCUUGAGGAGAUAAACUUAGACGAAAAUGAUGCUGUAGCGAAGGUACUGAAGGACUUUGAUACGUCUUGUGAUGAGCAAGUUGAUAUAAAAGAAUUCACUUCUGGAGUUGAAAAAUGGCUCUAUGAAGCCAAGAGUUCUAUUGGUUCUGUUGAGGCUGGUCCUAAUACAAUGAAAUACCUUGAUGAUUUUCAUGAGGAAACAAGGAGGGAGCACAGUCUUUUGGGGGAGGAUCAAAGUGAUGAAAUUGUUGAGGGUGUCGAGAAUCCUCGAAAAGUUGCUACAAAGGCUGGAUUGUUGUUGUUGCUGGGUACUAUUAUUGCUGCUGUUUUUGCUGAUCCUUUGGUGGAUGCUGUUAAUAAUUUCUCCAGUGCCACAAGUAUUCCGUCUUUCUUCAUCUCAUUCAUUGCGCUGCCUCUGGCAACCAAUUCCAGUGAGGCAGUGUCUGCUAUAAUCUUUGCUACCCGGAAAAAGAAGAGAUCCGCCUCAUUAACAUUUUCUGAGUUAUAUGGAGCUGUGACUAUGAACAAUCUGCUUUGUCUGUCAGUCUUCUUGGCUAUUGUUUACGCCCGAGGAUUGAUAUGGAACUUCUCAUCUGAAGUGCUGGUUAUUCUAAUUGUUUGUGUUGUUAUGGGUGUCUUAGGGAGCAUCCGUACCACCUUUCCCUUGGGGACUUGUUUGAUAGCUUUUACACUGUAUCCAUUCUCCCUUGUACUUGUAUACGUUCUUGACUAUGUAUUUGGUUGGUCGUAGAUCAGAGUGUUGAACAAGAGAUUUAUGUGGUUGGUGUUAGAUCAGAGUUGGAUGUGUAUAUUUUGAGCACCGCAGUGCACAUCGGUCGUCUUGAAAAAUGUGAGAACUUCUUGAUUAUAAAUCUUAAUUGCUCUUCCAAGAGCUGAGAAACCUUGCUUUUACAUGUAAUUUGAAAAUUCCAAAUGCUAUGUUUAUUAUAUAUCAGUUUUCAGUUUUCCA